AUGAGUGAAGGCAAACCACUUUUGGCACCAUCAGCAGCAAAUGAUGUCAUCUCCUUCGAGUUUGCCGUUAAGGACCUGCAAUUCUCAUUGCAAAAACAUAAAUUUAAAGGCAGCCAGCCAUACAAUAAGACCGAGGAGCUCGAUUGGAACAAGCUCGGCGAUGGAUUCAGAUCCUACGGCGUGGGGAUCAAGGACGAGCAGCCUCGCCGCCAGGGAGGCAUCAAUCGUGAGGGAGAUCGGGAAUUUGCUCCAUCUAGGGCUAACGAGACCGACAAUUGGGCUGGAUUCGGCGAGCAGAGAAAGAGGGGAGAACAAAGGGGCUUCUUCACGAAUUCUCAAUUACGGACAGAAUUUUUCAACAAUUGGGCGUCCAAGAAGAGCUCUAUGCUCUCGGAGCCUAGGAGGCUUGAGAAAAGAGUAGAAUGUGGCUUAGAAUCGGGUAACAGUUGCUCUGAAUUAGAGAACUGGUUAAAAAGGAAUAAAGAGGAAAGGCCAAGGCCCGGGGGCUCUUUCAAUAGCCUGAGGAAGAAGAGAGUUGGGGGAGGAAAAGAGAUGAGAAGAGAGGUGUUUCCGAUACGGAUUCCGAUAGUUGGGGGAAGAAAAGAGAUGAGUCAGAGUGUUGGCAGUGGCCGGGCGAAGUUGAAUUUACAGUCGAGGACAUUGCCGGUGGGUAAGGGCCAACAAGAAGAGGUGGCCGACGUGGUUAAGCCGAUGAGUAGCAAGGCCGAGGGAGGAGGUGUUGAAGGUGAAGGUGCCCGUCUCUCUACGGAAGUGAUGAUUGGAUCCAGGCUUGCAUGGGCAAGCUUGGGGUGCCUCUCACCAAGGAAAUGGGAUUUCAUCAGGUUAUACUUCCUGAUGUGUGAUGAUCUACUAUGCGGCCAACCGAAAUUGAAUUUGCAGCCGAGGACAUUCCUGGUGGCUGAUGGCCAGAAAGAAGAGGUAGCCGACACGGUUAAGUUGAAGAGUAGCAAUUCUUUUGGCGGGGCAUGGCCGAGAGAGAAGGUGUUGUGUUGAAGGAGAAGGGCCAACGGCACAUUCGCAGUAAUGCCCGUGGCCCACACGAAAGCUGCCGACGAGACCCAUGAUGCAGAGUAGUCGUUCUAGGACGAGUCUCUAUACACGAGCCAUUGGGCCUGUGACCGCCCGCACGACCAAGGAAAGUACCUGUAUCCUGACGGCUGCAUGCACGAGGGCGAACGGGCCAACGGCCGGCUCGCUGGCCGUGACUGGAGACUGUGACGUGGAGGAUGUCGAUGAUUGGGUGGCUGAUAUCCACGGAGCAGAGGAUGAACAUGGUGUUCAUGGUGGAGGAGAUCGGGGUGGCGCUGCCACUGGCUGACGGGGAUGACGGGUUCGUGGCGACGACAGAGUAGGAGAAGAUGGGUUUAGGCAUAAAUUGUCUGUAGAGUUUCAGCACAAAAAAGGUGACUCGAGGGCCUUCGCAGGUCGAGUUGGGACUGCUUCGCAUGUGGGUUUGAGGGACGGGUGUACGUGAUGCGCGGAUGGUUGAGCUUUACAAUUGGAAACUCGCGGUCAGUGGACGUGUACUGCCCCGGGACCCGUGUGUUGCUGCAAAUGAAGAAAGGGUGCGUCAGGAGUGAACACCACCAGUCGCCGCUCAUUUUUCCACAGCCAUCUGCAAUACUUUGUCGUACCCAUCCGCAUAAUUUGAUUUAAAGCCCAGAACGUAUAAGCUCAAUAAAACAUCUAGAAGAGGGAAAAUUCAGCGUUAAGGUCAUUGAAACUUCUCAAGUGGAUGCUUUUAUCUGUUUUCAACUCUCCUUUUGUUUGUCAAUGUAACAAGAAUUCUAAAUUCAUUAAAAAAAUUAUGUGUGUGAAGUAGUUUCUGAGUUUGCAAAUAUAGAUAGAUUAUGGAGAUUUGUCUUCUGACACUAUUUAAGAAUGUAAUAAUGUUUAUGCUUAUAUGAUUGUAUUUGUAGAUGACAUUUCUUUUGUGUUGUUAAUUAACCAAAUACAGAUCAUACAGAAAAUUAU